AAAGUCAUUCAAUCAACAAUCAUUGGAUUUGAAUGAAUACAUUUCUAAUAAAAUAGAAGCUGCAAAACCGUAUUUAGCAGAUGGAUUACCAGAUUUACUCAUACCUAGUUUAAAAAAUAUUUAUAUUCCGUACUCGGUCAUUAACAGUUCCAACUUUGAAUUUGGAUUAUGGAACUACAAUAUUACAGGGCUCGAAAAUUUCAAUGUCCUGAAAGUUGACGUAGAUCUAAAAAAUAAUCUUUUCAAAUUCCAAAUCAAAUUUCCUCGUAUUGAUGGUAUUGGAUCUUAUGGAUGCAAAGGAAAUUUAUUUAAUAUGAAGUUUGAUGGCACCGGACCAAUCGAAGUAUACGCAACACAACUAAUUUUAGAUUUAGAGGUGAAAACCAAUAUAAUUCACCAAAAUGGUGACAAUUACUUUCAGCAGGUACACAGGGAUAUUGAUAUUACUACAGAUGGAAUUUUACAUAUGGAUCUGUACAAAUUGUAUUCGGGAAACACGAAGAUUUCGAAAAUUAUGAAUGAUGUUAUUAAUGAUAAUAGUUCUUAUAUGUUUGAACUUCUUGUUCCCAUUCUAGAAAACUAUUUUGAUAGUGUGCUCGACAAAGCUCUUAACAAUUUCUUCGAAACAUACACUUCCGAUGAGCUUUUGCCUUAAGCGAAACACAAUCACUAUACAUUUUUAUUAUAAACAACAAAAAAAUAUUCGUAUUUUAAGGUUUUUUAUUGUUAACAUUU